GGUUCAGGGUUCACAGGUACUUCAGGCCAGUAGUGCGAAGGGUCUCACACUUAGAAACCAGCGAUUCGCUGAUUCUGAUUAGUACCUGUUCGAUGGAUUCGAGUUACUCUAGCGCGCUGUUUACCCUUCGAGUGGAUCAGGGGCAAUCCUUUGAGCUCCCUCCCUUCGUCGCGCAUUUACCUCCAGGGGCCAUUCCGGCAUUUAUCUCCGCAUCUUCGGCGGAAGCAUCUGCUGUUGCGCCUUCCGCGACGAUCACCGACGGCGCGCUCAGUCUCCAUGGUGCCGCCACCUCUGGCGGCGGGGAAGGUGCGGAAGGCGGGCAGAAGGUGCAGUUGCGGGUGCUGCAUGGCGCGGCGUCGCGGACGGGCGGCGUGCGGCAGGUGCUGCUGGGGGAGACGGACGCAACGUGGCUGGUGGGGCGCACGCACGAGGACGGCGAGGGGGCCGUGAGCGGCGCGGCUGCGGCGGGGCAGGUGGGCACGUCGCUGGUGCUGGGCGUGUUCAAGCGGAAGAGCAAGGAGCUGCACCUGCUGCCCCUCGCCGCGCCCAAGGUAGUGCGCAUGGAGGCGCGCGUGAAGGCGGUGGCGUACGACGCGGAGCGCCACACGGGAGGCGCGGCGGGCGCAGUGGACGAGCGCACGGCGAGCGCGGUGACGGGGGAGCCCUUGUCGACGAGCUCGAGCGUGGCCAAGUUCCACGACGACUUGCGCAAGCGACGCCUGCUCACCGCAACGUUCGGUAGCAAGAAGAGCAAGAGCAUGGUGGCGGCAAUGGAGCGAGGGCAGGUGAGUGGCGAGUCGCUCAAGGCCAGCGAUGCCCUGGGCCACCUCGUGCGCUCCGUUGCUGCGGCGCCGCUCGCCCUCACACUCGCGGACCUGGAGGCGCAGCAAAGCGCGCCGAGCUACCUGCCGCCGCACAACCCUGCCGCGACGCAGGUGGAGGAGGCGUACCCGCUGGCGUACCUGGUGCCCCGCGACGAGUGGGAGAGCACGGACGUGGCGUUGCUGCUCGCAGCCGCUGCACUGUAUGCGUACACGGUGAAGAGACAGAAGCUGAAGGGCCAGGCCAAAGGCGAGAAGAAAACGGGACGAGGUGGGGCAGAGGAGGGGGAGGAAAAGGAGGAAGAGGAGGAGGAGGAGCGGAUGGAAAUGAGUGAUGAGAAGAAACAGGCAGCACGGCGGCUGUUGAAGAAGCUGCCCACGUUUGUGAAGGAGCGGCUAGGGCUUUUGCUGACCAAGACAGGAGCGUCCCAGACUCACUAUGCGCGGCUGCUGCUGCACAUUCACUUCCUGGUGCUCAUGCUGCACAUACCAGAUGCUGUCAUCCUCCCCGCUGCCAUGCGCACAGCUGCCUCCUCCGGCCCCACCUUCUCCUCCUCCGCACUGCCGUCACCUCAGCUCAUCUCAAAAGAGUACGGCAUGCCUCUCCCCACGGCGGUCCGCCUGCCUCAGAUCUUCCGUGUGCAAGCAGACGAUGCGCACAACGUGGGCGGCAAGAAGUACAAGUUCCCGUCGCGCCUGCGGCAGCUGCUGGUCAGCUACAUUGCUGCCCUCGCCCUGCAUGCCACAUCCUUCCGCGUGCCCCUCAUUGCCCUGGCAGGCGACCUUAAGAUGGCUGCGCCUAUCCUUAUGAAGCAUCUGAGGGAGAUGGGGUGCGAGAGUGCCAAGGGAGGUGCUGCCGCUGGUGUGACGGAGACAGUGGCUGUGCUGCGUGUGCCCCUCAAGUUCCCCGACCCUCCCGUUGGCAGGAGAAAAAGGAAGUGAUGGAAUGGGAGAAGGGGGAGUGCGUCAGGAGGACUCAGCAGCAAGGCAGGGCAUGCGCUUUAGGAUGGUCCCACACAUAACAUGGUGUACAUUGUAACUGUCCAAAUGAUGGAGUUAUUUGUGGAUCUACCGUACCUACCCAAUCACUUGGCAAAGCCC